AUGGCAGUGGAUACUCGUAUUCAUGCACCGUGCAACCAAAGCGUUUCAAGGACUCUUGCGAGAUUGAUUUCAAUUCAUGAAUAUGAGAGGAAUGAGCAAAACGAAAGAUUUCUGAUGUUAGAUAAUAAGCAUCCUCUUAUCACGAUUACUGGGCGACCAGGGUUACCCAUGAGACAGCUCAAUGAUGCGACGAACAAAGCGGUGAAGAUUCGCCAAAACAAACGACUGGGGACGAAUUUGGGCCAGGAGAGAGCCACAAAAGUUGCUGAUAGUUCCGUGCAAUUCGCAGUGUUUUCCGAGAACAACGCGAUGAUUGAACGUUCGACAGCCAGAAACUUGUCUGCUCAUUUGUCCCCACAACGGAUGACCUAUUGCAAGAAAGAUUGGGUGCCGUUCGCUCCGCCACGUGGAGACAAAGCGUACAUAACAAAAGGAUCGAUCUCAAUUGAUGCCAUGAACUCGGCGAAACUACCGCGUUUUAUCGAAGCAGUGCUGUGCAGUCUUAUUCCAAUUUGCGAGCGAGCCUCAAGCCAGGAGCGCACCAAGAAGUUCAUGUGCGGAAGCUUAUUAAAAGGACGUUAUCAAGAAUACUUCCAGGUUCUUCGCGUAUACGUGAAGUCGGGGUGGACAUACCACUCAUCAACGCAGUUGGAGAAUCAC